CCAACAUCACCGGCGCGGACACAAGGAUUUAAUGAUUUCGUCGUGCGAGUGUGCACGCGCGCGUGCAUGUGUCCGUGCGGUGCACAGAUGGAGCUGUGCGCUCCGAGCGUGAGCGCUGCAGACCGAGUGGCCGCUCUCCUCUCGGACACCUGCUGCUGCUGCACCGCCGCGCUGAUGUGAGGAUGAAGAAAGUCCAAAGCUCCGCCAACAUGUGACGUUUUUCUUUGCCUCAAGGGAACUACAAAGGGGUCAAGCGCCAAAAAGAGAGGGUGUUGUAGGAGUGUGACCCCCCUCCCUCCUCCCCCUCCUCCUCUUCUGCUUCAGAGUGAAUCCAGGAUGGGUCCAGUUUGGCUCCUUGUUCUGCUCCCAUCCCUCCUCAGAGCGCAGGUGACUCCAGACUUCACAUCAGGAGUCACUGUGGAGACAAACAACAGCACUGACUCUUCAACAAACAGCACAGGAACCUCAGAUGUCUCCACCAGCCUCUCCACUUCCUUCAGACCCUCGGAGCCUUCUGGGUUUGCAGUGACGCCUUCAGAAGCUCCCACACAGGAGGAAGAUGACUGGUCACCAGCAGAGACCUUCCUGUACACUGGAGACCCUUCCACACUGGAGACAGCCCGCUGCUCACGGGCGUACAGCUCGCCGGGGCAGCCCGGAUCCCUGCCCGUCAGCUUUAGUGCCCCCCUCCGGCCAGCUCAGAAUGCGCUGGCCAGCACCGCCAACUUCCUCAAUAUGAUCUUCCAGGCCAGUGACCUGCGGGAGAGCACAGUGCAGGAGGACAUGGAGUGGUACCAUGCUCUGGUCCGCGCCCUCCUGGAGGCCGACCUGCUCAUCCGGCGGGCCCUGCUGACCUUCGACGCUGACCCGACAUCCCCGGUGCCACAGCUGGUGCUCUGUGCCUCCCGCAACCCGACAGCCAAGGUGCAGACCAUCAUCCUCCAGGACUUAUCCAAGUCGUGGGGGAGCCUGCACCCGCCUGCCCCAGCCCCCGACGACAGCUGGUUCAGAAGCUUUAAAUUCCCAGAGUCCAACCAGCCGAUGGCGGCCCUGUCCAAGAGGGUGCUCCUCAAUGACCUGAGCACCUUGGACACACCCAAGUGGAGGCAGGGUGACAGCUACGUGACCAAUCACAGCGGUGUGCGCUGGGGCAGCGCCCCUUUCCUCGACUGCAGGGAUGGACGCUUCGUUCCCAACUGGAUGCUCACCCUGUCAACAUCUUUCUACGGCCUCAAGCCUGACCUGACGCCAGAGUUCAGAGGUGUGAUCCGUGUGGAUGUCAACAUUCAAGACAUCGACUUGAACCAGUGUGCAACAGGAGACAGCUGGUUUGCUGAUACCCACCAGUGCAACCGAACCACCAUGGAGUGUGUACCAACUCCAGGCCAGGGCUUUCGACUGGGUCAGUACUGCUGCCGCUGUAAAGAGGGUUACUACAACCCUGACAUAGCCCCUCGGGACUCAGGUGUCGAUGCAGAUGGCGGCCCUGUGAAUACGAGUGAUGACGGCGGCGGCGGUGUGUGCUACCCGAACAUGCCCAUCUGUCUCCCGUGCUGGCCGGGCUGUAAGAGCUGCCAGGACGGCACCCCCUGCUGGGUGCAAGAGGCCUGGCUUCUCAGGGGUGCCGUGCUGGCCGUCCAGGGCGUCUUCAUGCUCCUCAUCUUCGUCAGCAUGCUGGUGGCCUACAGGCAUCGUAGAAACCGGAGGAUCCGGGCGUCCGGCCUCCUGCUGCUGGAGACGAUCCUGUUCGGCUCUCUGCUCCUCUACUUCCCGGUGUUCAUCAUGUACUUCAAGCCGAGUACAUUCAGGUGUAUUCUGCUCCGCUGGGUCCGAAUGCUCGGCUUCUCCAUCGUCUACGGGACUGUCACACUGAAAAUGUACAGGGUCCUGAAGGUGUUCCUCUCGCGCACGGCCCAGAGGGUGCCCUACAUGUCCAGCCUCCACUUGCUAAGGAUCCUGGGAGUGAUGCUGAUGACGGUCAGCUGGUUCCUGUGUGCGUGGACGGUUGGCGUUCUGCAGAACCGCGACAGGAACAUCCCGGUGUUCAUCACGACCAACACAUCGGACGGUCAGGGGUUCAACCUGUGUUACCUGGACCGCUGGGACUACAUGAUGGCUGUGGCUGAGCUUCUGUUCCUGUGCUGGGGCAGCUCCCUCUGGACCGCCGUCAGGCCGGUCCCCUCAGCCUUCCACGAGCCUCGCUACAUGGGCAUCGCCAUCCACAACGAGCUGCUCCUCUCCUCCAUGUUUCACCUGCUCAGGUUCACCUUUCCCUCUCUUCAUCCUGAUUGGAUGUUGUUGCUCUCCUUCACGCACACCCAUGUGACCAUCACUGUGACGCUCGCCCUGCUCUUCAUUCCAAAGUUUCUCUAUGUGUCUAAGCCGGGGAGAGAGGAGAUUGCAGCAGAGGUAUAUGAAGAUGAAGUGGACCUGCGGCGCUCCGGCUCAUACCUCAACAGCAGUUUUCACUCUGCUUGGAGUGAGCACAGUGGAGUGGACCCGGAUGACUUUCGGGAUGAAUUGAAGAAGUUAUAUGCCCAGUUAGAAGUCCACAAGACCAAGAAGAUGACAGCAAACAACCCUCAUCUGUCAAAGAAGCGAAGUUCCCGAUGUGCAUUGGGGAGAUCCAUUAUUAAACGCAUUGCUGAGAUCCCAGAAAGCAUGAGUCGGCAGUGCAGCCGCGAGGAAAGAGAUGGAUCCUUCCACAGUAGAAUCAGUGUGAAUCGGCCCGACUCUUUUAGGAGGGGCCCAGAUACUAUAAGUAUCAGUUACAAAAGUUCGAUGAAAUCAUCAUCACCAUCACCAUCCAUGCGCAAGUCCCAAAGUGAUCAUCACUAUGUCAGGGAAAGAGACCCAUCCUUACGUGACUCCAUGUUAAAGGCCAACACUGUGAAAAGGUCAUCACGGCGAUCUGAGACAGACUCCUUGGAUAUUCCACCAGGGGUCUGCAAGUCAGCCAGUGCACAAAAUCUGACAAUUGAUACCAAUCUCCUGCAUCCUGAUCACACCAGGCUUCAUAAGUCCUGGAGUUUAACUUCCACAACUGCUCAUUCAAUGGAGAACAUAGCCAAGGUGAACAGAGCCAGCACAGUGCUGACGAGGUCUAGGCAGAGCAUUUCAAUAAGUGACCAGACCAGGAGUGCUCUCCAGUCAGAGUCAUAUGACAAGGCUGAGGUCUGUCCUUGGGAGGUGGAACCAGAACAAUCAGGGGACAAGAACCAGAAGCAUGUCACCUAUGCCAACACUGAGGAUUGUGAGAGAAAAGGGCCACUGUCUCCAGAGGUGCUUAUCUGUCCCUGGGACCAUAUACCACCUGUAGAAAAGAAUCCUUCAGUGGAUAAGGGAAUAGGUGAAACCGAGUCCCCCAAACCACAAGCCCCUGUGUCUGCAAGUGCACCGGGCACUCCUAGACCAAAGUUCACAAAAGAUCAACGUGUCUUCUCCUUCCGCACCACCACCACUAAGUGGCUCUCUGUGAAAUCAGUGAUGGGAUCCAUGGACGCAGGGAGCAGAUCCAGUAAGGAGGGAAAUUUAAACAAAGAGGAUGCCGUUUCACAAAAAAGUCAGGAAAGUGUUUCCACAACACCAAGAUCAGGAACAUCUAGUAGACGUCCAAGCAUGGAAAAGAGGUCACUGCAGAAAAGAAGUAAGACAGUAGAUAAACCAUGCCUUGUGAAGCAGAAUGCCAUCAGACUGUCCUCUGGGGAUUCUGGGGAGAGAAGCCCAAGAAGGCUCGUGAUUGUAAAAUCUGCCGUCUACCCUUGGGACAUGGAUGAUAUGCAAAAAGAUGGCACCUAUGAAAAUGUGUUUUUAUCAAGGCAGAACAGCAAACGUGGUAGUAUCAGUUCUUGGGAAACUGCCAGCAGCUGUAGAACUCCUUCAACUCACAGAAGAGGUAGCAAUCGAAUCACACCAGUCCGCAAUAUUUCCCAAACAGAUGUAUGUCCAUGGGAUGGAGCUGGUACUUCCCAGGAAGGAGAGAGACUAAAGAAGCAGCAGAGCGUUAAAGCAGAUGUCUGCCCUUGGGAAUCACAGGUAUCAGAACCAUCUAAUGUAUGUCCCUGGGAAUCUCAAGGGCAAGGUAAUGUGAGAAGACAAGGAAGUGGCCGUGGUGAAGCGUGUCCUUGGGAAACACAGGAUAUUCCUGUUAUUUAUUAUACUAAUAUAUCCACAGAUUCACAGGCACAACUGUCUUUAAAACAUACAGCAAAUGUAUGUCCCUGGGAGACUGCAGAAAGUCCCCAACCUUCAAUAAGGCAAGGUAAUGAAUAUGCUAAUGUUUGUCCUUGGGAUGCUCAGGACAAGUCUGAAGUUGUAUAUGAAAACCUAAAUCCUUUGGAAGCUAAGGGAUCACUGUCGGUGCCUAUUCGACAAGAAGUUUUGAAGCCUGCUAUCUAUCCUGGUGCAUCAAAAGAAAGUUCACCAAAAUCACCUGCCCUGCAUAUAGGUAGACAAAUGACCAAGGCAGCAGAAAGUUGUCCAUGGGAUUUCCCUGAUCCCCCUAAAAACGUGGGGAAUAUUUGCCCAUGGGAAGAAGAGAACACUGAGCCAACAAAUACAGGCUCAAGUACACAAAUGACCAUCAAGAUAGAUAUUUGUCCCUGGGAAACUGGAGAAUCAGACAAACCAGAAGACUCACAAAAAGGUGUCUCAACUCUGAAAGCUGCUUCCGCAGAGACUGAUGGGAAAGGUGACAGAAAAGUAAACGUAUGUCCCUGGGAAACGGACCAGCCUGAAAAAACUGCAGUUACCAAGAUGGUAUCACAAGGACUGGAAAGGCCGGCAGAUGUCUGUCCAUGGGAUAGUGCCGAACCAGAGUCGGGAAAGCCACAGGUCCCUAAAACAUCAGAGAGUCAUGUUAAGCAAGACACAACUCGCGCAAAUGUUUGUCCAUGGGAUACAGAGGAUGCAGGGGCAGUCAAAACUGAAGUAUCAAAAGCAUCAGAGAGGCUACAAAGACAAGGAAAUUCACGGGAAGAUGUUUGCCCUUGGGACACAGAGGCCCCAAAAGUUCUGACAAAGCAAGACAGCGCUUGGGCAGAUGUUUGUCCAUGGGAAACAGGAGAGCCAAAAGUUUUAAAAAAGCAAGAUAGCGCUCGUGGAGAUGUUUGUCCGUGGGAAACAGAAGAGCCAAAAGUUUUCAAAAAGCAAGAUAGCGCUCUUGGAGAUGUUUGUCCGUGGGAAACAGAAGAGCCGAGAGUUUUAAAAAAACAAGAUAGCGCACGGGAAGAGGUUUGUCCUUGGGAUUCAGAUGAGCCAAAGGUUUUCAAAAAGCAAGAUAGUGCACGUGCAGAAGUUUGUCCAUGGGACACAGGUGAGCCAGGAGAUGUCAAAAAGCAGGAUAGUGCACGUGGAAGUGUUUGUCCAUGGGAGACUGAUGAACCAGAAGUUGUCAAAAAGCAGGAUAGUCCGAUCACUACGAACAGCCAACCAGUAGUUUCUGGUGGUCCCCAGGACCAGACUAAAGACCAAAGGGGACCGAGCAUUUGGGGUGGUGGCCCAAGGCUCUGGAAUGCCUUCCCCCAAGCCCUGCGUUCAGUCCCAUCCUAG